CACAUCCGGCCUCUCUGUAGCUUGCUGCCGAGCUGGGUGCCGGCCAUAGUAUGAUGUCUGAGAGCGGCCGGGGCGCAAACUUGAACUGAUAGAGACACGAGGGGCAAUAACCGCACGGUACACCAAUCGUAACGCAAGAUAGUACCCUGCACGAAACAUCCCCUUGCUCCGCCCCGGCCACGCUGCACCCAGCAGUAACCCCCACAGCACCGCACUCAGUAGUAAGCGCCAGUCUGCUGUCCCUGACAUAAGUGCACCACCUGGUCCCGGGUGUAGCACCGGCAGCAGUGUGUAAGAUUGUCCCCCACAUACCGAGCCCGCUCACUGCCACGCCGGGGACUUACCCACCCGGCACCCCAGGCUGUGCUAGCAGCCACCCAUCCUGGCCUUACACAUCCCGCCGCGGGCACACCUCUGUAACCGCCUUAAUCCCGCUAUUUCUCCUUUGGUGAUCCGCCAGCCUGCCCUCUGCUCCUCGCCCUGGGUGACCCAGCUGGGCGGGGGAUGCACACAGCUAGCAGCAGCUACCCCAUGGCGUCUCUCUAUGUGGGUGACCUCCACCCCGAUGUCACCGAGGCCAUGCUGUACGAGAAGUUUAGUCCAGCAGGGCCUGUGCUAUCUAUACGGGUGUGCAGGGACAUGAUCACACGCAGGUCCUUAGGAUAUGCCUAUGUCAACUUCCAGCAGCCUGCAGAUGCUGAGCGUGCGUUGGACACUAUGAACUUUGAUGUGAUUAAAGGAAAGCCUAUUCGAAUUAUGUGGUCUCAACGGGACCCAUCUCUUAGGAAAUCUGGUGUGGGCAAUGUUUUCAUAAAGAAUCUUGACAAAUCAAUCGACAACAAAGCACUUUAUGACACUUUUUCAGCAUUUGGAAACAUUCUUUCAUGUAAGGUGGUGUGUGAUGAGAAUGGUUCCAAGGGGUACGCUUUUGUGCACUUUGAGACACAAGACGCUGCAGAUAGAGCCAUAGAGAAGAUGAACGGCAUGCUGCUCAACGACCGCAAAGUGUUUGUUGGACGUUUUAAAUGUCGAAGGGAGCGGGAAGCAGAGCUUGGAGCCAAAGCAAAGGAAUUCACAAAUGUUUACAUCAAGAACUUUGGGGAAGAUAUGGACGAUGAGCAUCUGAAGGAGACUUUCAGCAAAUACGGGAAAACUCUGAGCGUUAAGGUGAUGACUGACCCCAGUGGCAAGUCCAAAGGGUUUGGCUUUGUGAGCUUUGAAAAUCAUGAAGAUGCUAAUAAGGCCGUUGAUGACAUGAAUGGGCGGGAUGUCAAUGGAAAGGUGAUGUUUGUGGGCAGAGCACAGAAGAAGGUUGAACGACAGGCUGAACUAAAAAGGAGGUUUGAGCAGUUGAAGCAAGAGAGGAUCAGCCGCUAUCAGGGUGUAAAUUUGUACAUUAAAAAUUUGGAUGACACAAUUGAUGAUGAGAAGUUAAGGAAGGAGUUUUCUCCAUUUGGAUCAAUCACAAGUGCCAAGGUAAUGUUAGAGGAUGGACGUAGCAAAGGAUUUGGGUUUGUUUGCUUUUCAUCGCCAGAAGAAGCCACAAAAGCAGUCACUGAGAUGAAUGGGAGAAUUGUAGGCUCCAAACCUCUUUAUGUGGCCUUGGCUCAAAGGAAGGAAGAACGCAAAGCUCAUCUUACCAACCAGUAUAUGCAACGUAUAGCAGGAAUGAGGGCCCUACCUGCCAACACUCUUAUCAAUCAGUUUCAGCCUGCACCUGGUGGAUACUUUGUGCCAGCUAUGCCACAGGCUCAAAACAGACCUACAUAUUAUGCACCUAAUCAUAUGGCUCAGAUGCGACCAAGUCCCCGCUGGCAACAGACGGGGCGCCCCCAAGGCUUUCAGCCCAUGCCCAACACACUGCGACAAAGUGGCCCUCGUCAGUCACUACGUCAUCUGCCACCUUCAAGCACUCAGGGUACCCGUGGUAUACCCACCGUAGCCCAGAGAGUUGCUUUAUCUUCUGCUACUCAGACAAUAGGCCCACGACAACCAGUCUCUGCUCCUCCACCCCGAGCUGUUACUCCAUACAAGUACACCCGUUGCCCACUUCCUGGAGUGCAGUCUUUGCAGACACCGCAGCCUGCUGUUCAUGUGCAGGGUCAGGAACCUCUCACAGCCUCAAUGCUUGCUGCCGCCCCACCCCAAGAACAGAAGCAGAUGUUGGGGGAGCGUCUCUUCCCUCUCAUUCAAGCCAUGCACCCAUCAUUGGCGGGUAAGAUUACAGGAAUGCUGCUGGAAAUUGACAACUCAGAGCUUCUACACAUGCUGGAGUCCCCAGAAUCCCUGCGCUCCAAGGUAGAGGAAGCUGUGGCUGUUUUGCAAGCUCACCAAGCCAAGAAGGAUGCUGCACAGAAGGUGGGAAUCGUUGUUGCUACCUCCUGAACCAGGGUAACCUGGAGUUAAAGAAGCCAAAUAAUCCCAGAAUGUGUGAGUUUCGGAAGUGUCUGCCAAGAGUCCAAUCUCCUCUACAUGCUGCUUAUCUCGGCCAGAGAUACUGUCUUGUUUGUAAAACAUGGGGUCUAUGCACUAUGUCGCUUUAUGCUCUUGGGAUGAGACGUUGCAUCUUGAGUGAGCACCUCCAGGAUCCUUUCUGAGAAAAUCCUGGCCGCUUUUUUUUUUUUUUUUUUCAGAUUGCAAAUUUAGUUUUUGCAUUUUUAGUUUCAAAAAGUUGUUUAAAUGUGACAACCAAACCGUUUCUCAGUGAAAUAAUAAAAUAUUUCAGAGUUCA